AUGGCACAGCCACAUCACACAGAUACUGGACUCCCUCCAGGAAUUCAGGAACCAAAACCAGUGGAAACUUCGGGUCCUCAAGCAAUAGAUGAGGACGCGGGGCGCGGAUCUCAAGCUACCGGCCGAGAAAAAGGCGUGGCUGUGGUAAAAGCCCUCAAAGUCGCUGCUGAGUUUGGCAUGACUGCGAAUGUUACUGACUUGCUCAAAACAUACCCUGAAUUGCGCUCCGCUGCCCAACGAGGCUGGUCUCCGCUUCAUGAAGCUCUCCAUGUAGCGUCAUAUUUCAAUCAAGACCAUGUUGUCGAGCUGUUGGUCAAUCAAUUUGCGGUCGCAGAAGUAAAAACAUUUAUCGACUUGCAGAACAAUAACCAAGAAACUGCUCUGCAUGUGGCAUCUGGAAACGGCGCUCGCGAGGUUGUUGAAUAUCUCAUUAGUAUCGGCGCUGACACAAUGGCGAAGGACAGAGACAAGAACACUCCGGCACAUCUUGCCUACAUUUCCGGUCAAUAUGGCGUGGCUCGUGUCAUCCUCGAUCCUACCCAACGGAAAACCCAUCACCUGCAUAGCCGAGCGGAACAUUGUCAAACAGAUCUGGUUAACGCAAAAAGGAAAGUAGGCGAGACCUUUCUCCAUCUGGCCGCCCAAAGAAUUCUCGAUCUGUCAUGCCAGCAAAAUAGUCCGUGGUGA